CGUGGGAAGUUUGUUUCAUGGUUUGUCAUCGAGAAGUUGCUGCUUGCGAUUAGAAUCCUCGCAAUAGAUUGUUCGAAUUCACCGCUGCAUCGCCAUGAAGCAGGUGUGGAAGAUCGGCAGCAUCUUCACGGCCGUCGUGGUGGCCUGGAUCUCGUUGCUUCUCGCCAAGGAUCUGCCUCCCUCGGUGCAACUCAUCGUUCCAUACAUCCCGAUGUUUGCGAUUAUGUCGUUAGGGUGUUAUGGGCUAGGUGCGCUGGGUUACGGCAUGAUGGUGUUUCGGGUUUGUCCUGAGGAAGAAAUCCUACUGCAAAAGGACAUUGCGGAAGCAAAAGCAUUUUUCAAGGAGCGUGGUGUUGACAUGAGUGCAGACUAAACUGAUUCUUCCAAUGUCUCAGUUCACUUCAACGCCUUGUGACAAGAUCUGCAGUUUUGUAUCUGAACACUCACUGUCUGGAGACAACUCAGUCGAUUUAGGGUCAACCAACUCCGGAUUACAAUGCAUUCACAUAGCGAGUUCCAAAUUUGCGAAAUCGUUGAAUUGGAUUAUAUUUCCUCCAUGCACCUCAAUGGAGAGGUGACACGGUUGUAUAAAACAGGGGGUUUCCAGUAAGCCCAGUUUGCAUACCGCUGGGAGUGUGUGGAGCUGUAUUUGAACAGCCUGGGUGUGCAUGAAAAGCAAUCAAAUGACUGCCAUAGUUUGGGCAGUGUGAUGGAUAUGAAAGUAAAAGUGAAUCAGGAAGUUCAUCUGCGAA